AUGCGUUUCGCACACGCCUUGGCUGCUGCGCUUUGCGCAGUCGUCGCAUCCGCACAGCAGAACAAUGCCAUCAGCAUUCCUAGUGGUCAGGGCACUUUGGAUGUGACCGCAGGCCAGCCCCUUACCAUCCAAUGGACCAAUCCCUCAAGCAGCACUGUUACGAUCAAGCUGCAGCAAGAUCCCAUCACCCCUGAUUCCGGUGCGGUCCUGGCAUCCGGUAUCCCUGCCUCUGCCCUAACGGCAACCGUUCAAAUCCCUCCCGCGGAGGACGUCAACUCUCACGUAUAUACCAUCGAGAUCAUCGAUGACUCGAACCCGAACAACAUUAACUUCUCUCCCAACUUCGGCAUCCAAGGGGCUACUGGAACGGCCACUGGAGUUGUCACUGGUUCUGUUACCUCCACCGCCUCCGUCUCCGCAACUACCUCUGGCAGCAGUACCGAUUCCUCAUCUCUCACGAGCACUGGCACCGACUCUUCAACAAUCACCACAACUGACAGCUCCACCACCUCCGCCACAAGCUCUGCGAGCAGCAGCAGUAGCAGCAGCGAGAGUUCGGCAAGCAGCACCAGCUCUCAGCAGACCACCUCGUCUACGAGCUCUGCUCUCCCAACUGAGACCACAUCAGCUCCGGAUUCCAACAGCAACGGGGCUGGCAGCGUCAAGGUCCAGGGAAGCCUGUUCGCCAUGGCAAUCGGGUUGAUUGCAGUCUUGUAA